GCGCGGCGGCGGCGGCGGUGCAGGUGAAGGACGGCGGCGCAGGUGUGCGGAGGGCGGCGGGCUCGGGCCUGAGGCAGGGGAGCAGAUACCAACCGAACUGGACAGGUGGGCCUGGGCAUCGCCAAGGGGCUAGACGCGGGAGGGGGUGGCCGAACACUCGGCUUCCACGCCUCCCUGGACGCUGGGCUCUUGCUCAAUCCUUGGGCCUCAGCUGGAGCUGGACCCGCCUAGGACUGGGGCCCCACUCUGCCCGAGCCCCGGGUCCGAGCCCGGCGCCACCUGGAGCUCCCGAGUCCCGGGUCCCAGCCCGGUGCCACCUGGAGCUCCCUUCCCGAACGAGACUUAGAAAGCUUCCUGAACAGGGCCUCGCUCCUGCCGGCUGGGCCUGGGGUGCCAGGGUGAGUGCCCCCUUCUCCUGUGGGGACCUUCAGCCUGCUUCAGCCAUGGAGCUGGGGUGCUCAGGCAGCUCUCCUGCCGAGACUUGAUCUUGGGGCAGUGAGCUGACCCUGGGGAAGCCUUGGCCGUGCCCUGCAUCACCUCCUCAGAGCUGGCAGGCUGCCUGCCCCGGCUGCACAGCCAAUGUCCUUCCUGUUUCCAAGCUCUGAAGGGUUCCCAGCAGAUCCUCUUGGCUGCUGGCUCAGGUUCUGGACAGGAAGGCCAGGCCCACAGGAUGUCUGGUGGCCAGGAACGUAGCCCUGAAGGCUUCAUAGACCAUCUGCUCAGUGGACAGAAGACAGGCCCUGAGAGAGGGGAGGGGCGUGCCGGAAGUCUCCAGAGCACCAUUUUCCUGAGGUCAGGCACAGCUGUCCCCCACACCUGAAGACAGGGUGAGCUCAUCUCUGGGGGCUCUGCCCAAUGCCAAGCACAUGGCCCAACCCAUGGGGCCUCCAGGGCCUCAGCAGCCACGAGACCCCAACAGAUGCUCUUGGCAGCCUGGGUGGCAGACAGGGCAGGGCGUGCUGGCCCAUUUCCCCAGAAAUGAAGGACCAAGUCUUAAGACAUUGAGUUACCUGCCCCCAGAGUGGAAGAUAGAACCUGCAAGGGCACCCAGGGCACCUAGCCCUGGCUAGGGUUCUUGCCACAGCUUGGGCAGCCUCCCUCCCUCCCUCAAAGAGAAGCCCUGCAGAGCUUCCAGCACUAGGGACCGGGAACCCCCAGGCCCAGUGGGGUGAGGGCUCAUCCUGGAUGGUGAGGUGCAGCUGAGUUCCCAGGGACCGUCAAAGCCCAACUGCAGUGCUGACCCUGGGUGCCCAGGACAGCAGAGGCUGGGUUGUCCAGUGGCACCCACUCAGUAUGUGGGCACUUGAAUGUUUAUGGAGUGACUGCGUUAACGUGAGCAGAAUCUAGGGCAGAACUCUGGCCUGGGGCACUUCCGGAAGGUUCCCUGUGGCUGUCUUCAGAGUGUAGAAGGACCUUUGACCCAGCUGCCUUUCCGUGUGGGACCUGUACAGUUCCAGUAGGAAAAGAUUGGUGUCUGUCUGUCCGGCAGUGCUGACUCUGUAGCCUCUGCUCUGGCUUUCAGGACGCAGCAGUGAGCAAGGAAGGACUCAACCCACCUGGCCACCCUUCAUGGCCCUCCUCCUCACUCUACUGUCUCUUUUUCCAUAGUACUCAUCUUUUUUUGCUCACCGUGUUGGAAUUUUCUGGUUUUGUUUCUGUCUGACAACCUCCCCAAGAAUGUUGCCCUGAUAGGCAGGGCUAUUUGUCUCAUGGGGCGUCCAAGUGCCUGGGAGAGCAAUUGGCUCUGGGCAGGGACUCAGCUGGUGUUUCUGCAACUGGCAAAAACAGGUGCUCUGGUGAGAGACAAGCAAGAAAUGAGCAGGAACACAGGCUGCAGCCUGGCUCCCUGUGUGUUUCAGUGUGUGUUGGAAAAUGGGCGACCUGGAGUCGGACUUCAACCUGAAAGUUGUCUUAGUCAGUUUCAAGCAGUGUCUCAACGAGAAGGAGGAGGUGCUGCUGGAUCACUACCUCGCUGGCUGGAGGGGGCUGGUCAGGUUCCUGAACAGCCUGGGUGCCAUCUUCUCCUUCAUCUCUAAGGAUGUCACCACAAAGCUACAGAUCAUGGAGCGUCUGUGCAGUGGCCCACAGCAGGAGCACUACAGCAGCCUGCAGUCCAUGAUGGCCUACGAGGUGGGCAACCGGCUGGUGGACCUCGAGCGUCGUUCCCAGCACCCCGACUCAGGCUGCCGGACGGUGCUCCGGCUGCACCGCGCCCUGCGCUGGCUACAGCUCUUCCUGGAAGGUCUGCGCACCAGCCCCGAGGACGCGCGUACUGCCGUGCUCUGCACCGACUCCUACAACGCCUCUCUGGCUGCCUACCACCCCUGGAUCAUCCGCCGGGCCGUCACCGUGGCCUUCUGUACGUUGCCCACACGCAAGGUCUUCCUGGAGGCCAUGAACGUGGGGUCCCCAGAGCAGGCCGUGGAAAUGCUGGGCGAGGCCCUGCCCUUCAUUGAGCGUGUCUACGAUGUCUCCCAGAAACUCUACACUGAGCAUUCCCUGCUGAACCUGCCCUGAGGGCCAGCGGGUGAGGUGGGGCAUGUUUCUCCUUUCCAGAGCUGGGCUGGGGCAGCCAGAACCCAUCAGGCCCACCAUGGAGAUUUGUGGGUGCCCCAGGAAUGGGAAAUACGAUUUCCCCUGCCAGCUGAGCUACGGUCCCAGCAUAGCCCACUCGGGCUGAGCUUCUGGGCUGCAGCAUGGGGGCUGUGACAGAGAAGGCAAGCCCUGGCCAUCGCUCCUCCUUGUUGUCUUGCUCUGCCCAAGGGCACCUUGGCUUCACCCUCAACCAGGUUAUACAUGUGCAACCAGGCCUUGCCCGGAUGGGUAAAGUGCCGAAGGCGGGGAGGGUAAGGGCAGUAUCCGUGUUCAUGCGAAACCCUGAAAAGCUGCCCCCUGCCUGUGAGCCAAGUGUGUGAAAUGGGGCGAAGUCACAGGUCCCCACAGUGCAGAGACUUCAUCCUGCUUGCCAGCAAACUCACCCAGCAGGUGCUUCUCUGUCCCUGGCCCAUCUCGGUGUCAGGCCCUGGGUGCAGUGCCUAGGUCCAGGUGCCCGGGCCCCUCCACACGGGGUUGGCUGUCCCCAGGACAGGGAUGGAACCCCUGGGCAGCAGUGGACAGGCUCUCUCCCUGUCCCUCACCUCCUUGUUAGCCAGGGUCCCACAUGUCCUCAGCAGCAACAUGCAGGAGCCAAAGCCCUGAGCGGAGGCCUGCCCUGCCUCUAGUUCUGCACACUUAUCAGCUGCCCCCUGCAGCCACCCUGUCAUUCAGGUGCUCCCCCAGGCAGCUGCCUGUGAGUCUGCACAGCACAACUCCAAAGCUCUAGAGAGCCCAUGACUCUGCUGGUCCAGUUCUGGCCUCUCCCUCCCCAUCAUCCAACAAGAUGCUGCAUUCCAUCCUCCCCGUCCCUACAGAGCUCAGGAGACCCGGGAUGAUAUGGCACACGGAGAGAGCCUGGACCCUUUUGCCCAGCUGACAGGCCAGCCGUCACCAGACACUUGGGGGCCUAGCGUCUCCUACUGGCUCUUCACUGUGAGCUCAGGGCCCUCAAUGCCGAGGGGACCGUAUCCACCAUACGGAGAUGUGCGUAAGUGUGAACUUGCAGAGACCCUGGGAAAAUGUAAUACGGGUGAUGGAUUUUCAAACAUCAAUAAAUUCCCCUUCUGGAGCA